GGCACCACUUGACAUUGAACAUCAUAAAGGUGAUCCAGAGAGAGAGGGAGAGAGAAAGAGAAAGGGGAUCUCCAAAAACAGGCCAGAGCCCUCUGAUAAUCACCAAACCAGUUACCACAACAGUCUCCCAAUAAGAAAAUAAGUACUACACUGACAAAAUCUGUUUUUGAUGACACAUCGAAAGCUGUGUUGCAGAAAAAACAUCAACUUCUUGUCUGCCUGGAAGGGACUUCUGAACAUCUCAUGACCGUUGCUGCGCAUGCGCCUUGCUGUCGCAUGUCCAUUUCAGCUCACGACCGUUGCUGCGCAUGCGCCUUGCUGUCGGCGUUCCGGGAGGAGAGCAGAGAGAGGCGGCUGUGUUCCUCCUGCCUUGAUUCUUUCUUGCUAAUUGAGGCCCCACUGGGUGAAAUAUGAGUGAGCAAGCAAGACCAAGUUCCGAAUCUAAAGGAGGAGGAGAUUCUCAAGAGUUUUCCAAGUUGGUUGGGCCUGUAGCUGCCCAGCAGCCCAUUGAUGAGCAACCUCAACAAGAGGAGCCACCAACUGAGAGUCAGGAUAUUACACAUGUACCAGAGCCAGAAGAUGCAAGAACACUUGAGGUUCAAGGGCUUGUUCUGGAGGCCGAUCACCAGGAACUGACUAUGCAACAGACUUGGGAUAGGUGUGGAGACGGUCCUGAUGUCAUGGAGCAGAUUCUGUCAAAUUUAGAUCCUGUUACAGUGCCAGAAGCAGGUGAGGGGCAACCAUACCUUUAAAUGAAGACAAGCAGAAGCCAUGCACCAUACAUGCUGUCCUUAUUUUGGAAAUUUGAC